GUGUCCCUGCCGGGCGGGCCAAUGGGUGCCCGGCUUUCGGAAAGAUCGCCAUAUAUGGACAUGUUCUGGGGCCGCGCGCGCCGCCGGGCCGCGCGGGCGCGCCGCUUCCGCUUAAAUAACGGCGGGGGAGGCCGCGGUCGGUCUCAGUCGCCGCUGCCAGCUCUCACGCUUUGUUCUCCCGCCGCUCCGCUGUCGCAUUUCUCUGCCGGUCGCAAUGGAAGAAGAGAUCGCCGCGCUGGUCAUUGACAAUGGCUCCGGCAUGUGCAAAGCUGGUUUUGCUGGGGACGACGCUCCCCGAGCCGUGUUUCCUUCCAUCGUCGGGCGCCCCAGACACCAGGGCGUGAUGGUGGGCAUGGGCCAGAAGGACUCCUACGUGGGCGACGAGGCCCAGAGCAAGCGUGGCAUCCUGACCCUGAAGUACCCCAUUGAGCAUGGCAUCGUCACCAACUGGGACGACAUGGAGAAGAUCUGGCACCACACCUUCUACAACGAGCUGCGCGUGGCCCCGGAGGAGCACCCAGUGCUGCUGACCGAGGCCCCCCUGAACCCCAAGGCCAACAGAGAGAAGAUGACUCAGAUUAUGUUUGAGACCUUCAACACCCCGGCCAUGUACGUGGCCAUCCAGGCCGUGCUGUCCCUCUACGCCUCUGGGCGCACCACUGGCAUUGUCAUGGACUCUGGAGACGGGGUCACCCACACGGUGCCCAUCUACGAGGGCUACGCCCUCCCCCACGCCAUCCUGCGUCUGGACCUGGCUGGCCGGGACCUGACCGACUACCUCAUGAAGAUCCUCACCGAGCGAGGCUACAGCUUCACCACCACGGCCGAGCGGGAAAUCGUGCGCGACAUCAAGGAGAAGCUGUGCUACGUCGCCCUGGACUUCGAGCAGGAGAUGGCCACCGCCGCAUCUUCCUCUUCUCUGGAGAAGAGCUACGAGCUGCCUGAUGGCCAGGUCAUCACCAUCGGCAAUGAGCGGUUCCGGUGUCCGGAGGCGCUGUUCCAGCCUUCCUUCCUGGGCAUGGAAUCUUGCGGCAUCCACGAGACCACCUUCAACUCCAUCAUGAAGUGUGACGUGGACAUCCGCAAAGACCUGUAUGCCAACACGGUGCUGUCGGGCGGCACCACCAUGUACCCAGGCAUCGCCGACAGGAUGCAGAAGGAGAUCACCGCCCUGGCGCCCAGCACCAUGAAGAUCAAGAUCAUCGCACCCCCAGAGCGCAAGUACUCGGUGUGGAUCGGCGGCUCCAUCCUGGCCUCGCUGUCCACCUUCCAGCAGAUGUGGAUUAGCAAGCAGGAGUACGACGAGUCGGGCCCCUCCAUCGUCCACCGCAAAUGCUUCUAAACGGACUCAGCAGAUGCGUAGCAUUUGCUGCAUGGGUUAAUUGAAAAUAGAAAUUUGCCCCUGGCAAAUGCACACACCUCAUGCUAGCCUCACGAAACUGGAAUAAGCCUUCGAAAAGAAAUUGUCCUUGAAGCUCGUAUCUGAUAUCAGCACUGGAUUGUAGAACUUGUUGCUGAUUUUGACCUUGUAUUCAAGUUAACUGUUCCCCUUGGUAUUUGUUUAAUACCCUGUACAUAUCUUUGAGUUCAACCUUUAGUACGUGUGGCUUGGUCACUUCGUGGCUGAGGUAAGAACGUGCUUGUGGAAGACAAGUCUGUGGCUUGGUGAGUCUGUGUGGCCAGCAGCCUCUGAUCUGUGCAGGGUAUUAACGUGUCAGGGCUGAGUGUUCUGGGAUUUCUCUAGAGGCUGGCAAGAACCAGUUGUUCGUCUUGUGGGUCUGUCAGGGUUGGAAAGUCCAAGCCGUAGGACCCAGUUUCCUUUCUUAGCUGGUCUUUGGCCAGAACACCGUGGGCUGUUACUUGCCUUGAGUUGGAAGCGGUUUGCAUUUACACCUGUAAAUGUAUUCGUUCUUAAUUUAUGUAAGGUUUUUUUUGUACGCAAUUCUCGAUUCUUUAAAGAGAUGACAACAAAUUUUGGUUUUCUACUGUUAUGUGAGAACAUUAGGCCCCAGCAACACGUCAUUGUGUAAGGAAAAAUAAAAGUGCUGCCGUAACCGA